UUUCCUUUCCUGAGGAGCCUAUAGCCGAGAGGCGGGAGGUGGUUGAGGUUUCUGGCUGCUGUGCAAGGGGGCCAUCUGUGUUUGAUCAGUCCUGGCGGAAAGGAGGGGGUGGGGGUUGCGAGAGCCUGAAAGCAUUCCAGAGUAGUGAGAGAGACCCGAGAUCACAGAGCAAAGGCACCACCCCCCGCCCCGCCUCCAUGGCUAACCCACGGGCUCAGGGGAAGAGGCCAACAACACACUCUUCCUACUCUGGCCCCAUUCUCUAGACUGCCAUGGGGCCCAGCGCUCCUCUCCUCGUCCUGAUCCUUUUGUCAUGGUCCGGACCCCUUCAAGGACAGCAGCACCACCUUGUGGAAUACAUGGAACGCCGACUUGCAGCCUUAGAGGAACGGCUGGCCCAGUGCCAGGACCAAAGUAGUCGGCAUGCUGCUGAGCUGCGGGACUUCAAGAACAAGAUGCUGCCCCUGCUGGAGGUGGCAGAGAAGGAGCGGGAGGCACUCAGAACCGAGGCUGACACCAUCUCUGGGAGAGUGGACCGUCUGGAACGAGAGGUGGACUAUCUGGAGACCCAGAACCCAGCUCUACCCUGUGUAGAGCUUGAUGAGAAGGUGAAUGGAGGCCCUGGAACCAAAGGCAAAGGCAGAAGAAAUGAGAAGUACGAUAUGGUGACAGACUGUGGCUACACAAUUUCUCAGGUGAGAUCAAUGAAGAUCCUCAAGCGGUUUGGUGGCCCAGCAGGUCUAUGGACCAAGGAUCCUUUGGGGCCAACAGAAAAGAUCUACGUGUUGGAUGGAACGCAGAACGACACAGCCUUUGUGUUCCCACGGCUACGUGACUUCACCCUUACCAUGGCUGCCCGGAAAGCCUCCAGAGUUCGUGUGCCCUUCCCCUGGGUAGGCACGGGGCAGCUGGUAUAUGGUGGCUUUCUUUAUUAUGCCCGGAGGCCUCCUGGAGGACCUGGAGGGGGUAGUGAGUUGGAGAACACUUUGCAACUCAUCAAAUUCCACCUGGCAAACAGAACAGUGGUGGACAGCUCAGUGUUCCCCGCAGAGAGGUUGAUUCCUCCCUAUGCGCUGACGACAGACACCUACAUUGACCUGGCAGCUGAUGAGGAGGGCAUCUGGGCAGUCUAUGCCACCCGGGAGGAUGACAGGCACUUGUGUCUGGCCAAAUUAGAUCCACAGACACUGGACACAGAGCAGCAGUGGGACACGCCAUGUCCCAGGGAGAAUGCCGAGGCUGCCUUCGUCAUCUGUGGGACCCUGUACGUCGUCUAUAACACGCGCCCUGCCAGUCGGGCCCGCAUCCAGUGCUCCUUUGAUGCCAGUGGGACACUGACCCCUGAACAGGCUGCUCUCUCUUACUUUCCCCGUCGAUAUGGUGCCCACGCCAGCCUCCGCUAUAACCCCCGUGAGCGCCAGCUCUAUGCCUGGGAUGAUGGCUACCAGAUUGUCUACAAGCUGGAGAUGAGGAAGAAAGAGGAGGAAAUUUGAGCAGCUAGCCUGGUCGUUUCUGCAUCUCUUAUCCCCAUACAUUUAUAUCCCUACUAGAUUUCCUGCUCUUCAUUCUUCAAAUAUAGGCAAGUUAUGCCUCAGAUCCCCUAUUUUUUAACCAACAAUAACCAAAUUCUCACAGCUCCUUUGUUUCAUAUGGAACUCCAGAUCUUGAGUAAUCUUUUUAUAGCUAAAAGAGUAAAAAUCCUAAAUAUUCACUCUUGUUCUCCUUCCCCCUGUCCACAAAUUAGGCCCCAAAGGACCCAGACCCGGUCCUCUGAUCCUCCCUCAUGGGAAAAUGCCAGGCAUCAGGCUACAGUAUUCUUGCCCUCAGUAUGACCCAGUGGGGAGAAGAAUGGAAAACAGAGACGCACGUCUGCCCUGUCUCCUUUAUAAAAAAAAUCUCUCCAGUGUCUGAAGAAUGGGGAUUUCUCCGCAUCAUUUUGUAUAGCAAUAUUUUGCAUUAAAAGAAAAAUCCACUCCUCCU